AUGACAAACACAGAUUUCCCACGUGGUGGAGAGUUAAAGCCAUUGGAGAACAAACGGCCAACCGGAACAAAAAGAAAGGCUACAGACGAUGUGGAAGAGGUAUGUUCUUCUUGUUACUCGUUUAUUGUCUUAAGGAUGUAUAAUUUUUCACUUUUCAGCCAUCCAAGAAACGCGUAGUUGAUGAACAAUACGCUGAUGUUUUUAUUCAAAAAUUGAAGAAAGAGCUCUUCACAACAGACGUUCGUGGCUUGGGAAUAGUGCGAGAAGUAAGAUGGACGCUUGUUUUUUCAUUUUCUUUUAGAUUAAAGAUACGGAGAUCAUAUUGGAGGCGGCUAGCGGGCUCUCCGUGAAAGUUCCCGUAAAACAGAUGCCAAAGCUUUUUGUCAAGAGCUUUGGUGAGGUCGAAUUGUCGGAUGUGUACCAACUGGGGCAGUCGUUGGCGUUCAAGAUUGAAAAAGCAGCUGGAAAGGCUAAAAGUGAGUGUUUUCAUUAUUCCUUUUGUUCUUCGGAAGGAGAAGAUUGAAAUUUUCUGUGUUUAGACGAAAAAGCAUUGGCGUCGAUUGAUCCAGCUGUAGUUAACAGUCAUAUCGUCUCUGGAGCGCUGAAAAACGCCUUGGUGCUGAACGGAACUAUCCAGUCUUUGGAGGGGAAAGGAGCUGUUGUUGAUCUUGGUAUUGGAAAAACAAAUGGAUUCGUCCAAACCGCUGAUGUCCCGGACGCCUUCAAACCGUUGAAAGUGGGCCAAGUCCUUCUGUUUCGAGUCCGAAAGACCUCCAAAAAAGCAGAAAGAGUCGCUCAAUUAUCAGCUUUUGCCGAUUCGGACACUUAUGCGGAAGACGGCUUGGAUCAAAAUCAACUUUUGCCAGGAACUAUUAUUUUGUCAGAGCCGGAAAAGGUUGUUUCGACUGGCUUGUUCGUUAAGCUCAGUGACAGUAAGGUUUUCUUCUUUUGUUUUCUUGGUUUAGGUAGAGCAAAAAAUCAUUAUAUUACUUUAGAUGUCCGUGCCUUCGUUCACAAGUCAAAUCUCCCGCCCAGAAUCCGACUAGACCCUUCUCGACUUGGCAAAUCGUUGAGAGUUAUCGUUACUUCCAUUUUGCCAAACUCACCCCUUUUCACGUUGACCGCUCAUCCGGAUAUAAUCUCCACGAGUAAUCCAGCCAAGAAGAUUCUCAGGGACGAACAUAAAGUUGGAUCGAUGGUUGAAGCGACAGCGUAUGAUGUCGACAAACUUGGCAAUGUCUACUUUUAUCUGGGUGAUGCGGAGAAGCCAGAAUUCGUUACAGCCAAAGCUUUCCCCACCGGAUUUGAUGAUUACGAAAAUGAAGGUAGGUGCUUUUAAAAUUGGAUUUUUAUGAUUUUAGUCUCGGAAUUUGGCAAAGGAACAACCCACGAAAUGAAGGUUAUUGGCUAUCAAUGGCUGGAGCGAAGUCUGAUAUUGUCGAACAAAAAGGAUGUCAAGAAACAAACUGUUUUGGAGAUGAAGAACAUGGAACCGGGCCGUCGAGUCGUUGGAUUCGUUAAAAGUGUGAAACCUAAGGGUGUUAUGGUCCGAUUUGGAGCAAAAGGGGAGACAGAAGUUGUGGGAUUCGUCCAGGCGGAGCAUGUUUUUGACAAGAAGCAAAAGGAUUGGAUGCAAUCGGUUGAAGUAAUUAUACUUGAGAUCAGAUUUUUAUUCUUGAUUUUAUAAAAAUUUUUAAUGUAAUUUCAUUACAGAUUGGCCAAAGAAUGACUUGCCGAGUCUUGUUCUACGAUUCGGAAAAGGAAAGGCUCUUUUUGACCGCCCGCCCGUCUCUGGUCAACUCCAAUUUGCCAAUCGUCAAUGAAUUUAGCAAAAAGUUUAUUGGAGAAGUCACAAUGGGGCAAUUGUUGAAGAAAAUGAGCUCAGGCGCUUUCCUAGUCGCAUUUUACAACAAAGUGUGCGGAUUGCUACCAGCACCGGAAGUCAGAAUGUUCCCGGAAAAGCUGGAUGUUAACCAUGUUGUAAAAUGUCGAAUUCAAAAAGUUGACGAAGCAAAUGAGAGAAUUUUGCUGAGUUUGGGAGAGGAGAAUGCAGCGAAAAGAGAACGGGAGAUCAAGAAAGAAGAAGCGGUAAGUAAAUUUAUAUUGUAGAACUUUGAAGUUUAGGCACUGAAAGCAAAAGAAGAUGCGAAGAAUGCAAAGAAGGCGGAGAGAAUCAAGCAGAAGGAGGCUGUCAAGGAAGCGAAGAGGGAGAAAAAGGAGAAACGUGUGAAGAAACAGCAGGCUACACUUGAUUGGGAUAUGGGAGAGUUCUCAAUGCAAAAUCUCUCAAAAGUUGGAAAAAAUGGAGACGAUAUUGAAGUUAAAGAAGAGGAUGAUAAGGAAAUAAAAGAAGAGGAUGUUGAAGAAGAAGGUAAAAAUACAAUCUUUGAAGUUUUAUCACCUCAUUUUUGACACUAAAAAUGACCAUUUAGAUUAUGAUGAAGGUGAAGCUGAUGCUCGAAAGAAACGGUUUGAAGAAGCUGUGGCAGAGAACCCUGCAGACUUUGACCGACUUUUGACAAUGUCUCCCAAUUCCUCCGAGCUCUGGAUCAAGUAAGUUGACUUCAAUAUUAUUGAUGUUGGUCUUUAGGUAUAUGACUCUGUUUGCAAGUCAAGGAAAGCUGAAGGAGGCCCGUGAUAUUGUCAAAAGAGCUCUUGAAGCCAUCAACUACAGAGAACAGCAAGAACUUUUCAACGUGUGGACGGCAUCUCUGAAUUUGGAGCUGAUUUUUGGAACGCCGGAGACCUUCAAACAAGUUUUUGAAAAGGCCACUGUCUCCAUGGACGCAUUGAAAGUCCACCGGAAAGUGAUUGACAUCUACAAACAUCACAAAAAGACCACAGUAAGUGCGCUUGAAAGAUGAUUGAUGGUGUUGUUUAGGAAGCAUUGGAGUUAUAUGAUCAGAUGAUGAAGAAAUUCAAACAUGAUGAUAUUGAACUCUGGUUUGAGUAUGCCCACUUUUUGUACGAGACGGAGAACGCGGACAAGGCCCGGAAUUUGAUGAAACGAGCGCUGGAUUCGCAGCCCAAGAAGCAUCAUGUCUCGAUUAUGUCCAGAUUCGCCCAACUCGAAUAUAAAAAUGGAGAUGCGGAGAAAGGAAAGACAAUCUUCGAGAAAGUGCUGUCCACAUACCCAAAGAAACUCGACGUAUGGCAUGUGUACGUGGACCUAUCUCUGAAGUAUGAUGGAAUCAGUGAAGCCAGGAGGAUCUUCGAAAGAUUCGUCCAAAAUUCGGAAGUCCCAUUGCAAAAGAAGAACUCAAUGAUCAAGAAAUGGAUCGAAAUGGAGAAGACACAUGGCGACGCGGACACGCUAGCACAGGCGAAGAAAAUUGUUGGCGAUUUGAUGGGAAAGGAUGAGUCGGAAUCGGACGAGGAAUAA